ACCUACCUGCCUACUGCUGAUCUACUAGGGUCUAGAUCUACUCUUCUCUUAAUAGACUAAUUAAAUGGUAGCGGUUUGAGAUUGAAGAGAAAUAUAAGUCUUGGGGGUAUUGGAAAGCAGUAUGUCAGAAGGAGGGACUAGCAGCAGUAACGUGCCAUUCGUAAAAGGAGGCAAUGUAUCAGGGCAGACUGCAGGAUCACACACUCAUGAUCAUGGCAAUGAACAUGGUCAUACCCACGAGCAUAUGGACAAUGCAGGCUUCUUCAUAAACAGAGAGUUACCACUCAGAAGAUCAGAUUGGAAACAGAGAGCAUUCACCGUAGGCAUUGGUGGCCCUGUUGGUUCUGGAAAGACGGCCCUCGUUUUGGCCCUGUGUAGGCAUCUGAGGGACAAGUACGGUGUCUGCGUCGUUACCAAUGACAUCUUCACUAAAGAAGACUGGGAGUUCCUGGUGCGGAAUGAGGCUUUACCUGAGGAAAGAAUGAGGGCAGUAGAGACAGGAGGCUGCCCCCAUGCUGCUAUACGAGAGGACUACUCCAUCAAUAUGGAAACCAUCAAAGAGUUAACCGUCAAGUUUCAGCCCCAGAUCGUGAUCGUAGAGUCGGGAGGGGACAAAUUGGCUGCAAACUUCAGCAGAGAGCUAGCCGAUUACAUCAUAUAUGUGAUUGACGUUGCAGGUGGAGAUAAAGUACCGCGGAAGGGCGGUCCUGGGAUCACCCAAAGUGACCUUCUCGUCAUCAACAAGACGGAUCUGGCUGAAGCGGUUGGUGCAGAUCUUGGGGUGAUGAGGAGAGAUGCAGACUUGAUGAGGCAGAAAGGGCCGACCAUCUUCUCCCAGGCUAAACACAUGGUAGGGGUGGAGGACAUCGCCAAUCGUAUCCUGGCUUCAUACCAGACUACCUGCUGACCAUUUAAAGCCCCACUGCACUACUUGUAGCUAAUCAGUGACCAUUGGUCCCCCAUG